AUGGACCAUGGGCAGCUUCACUACGUAUGUCGUAGAAGGAAGCAGGGCGAGUAUCUCGCAGAAGUUGUUACCUCACCAGAGGAGGCAAACGAUCUGUUUGUGGCCUUCCAUGCGAAUGAGCAUGGAGGCCAUUGUGGGAUGGAGAAAACAGUGGAUGCCAUUUCCUUGCGGUACUACUGGCCUGGGAUGGAAAAAGACAUAAGGAAAUGGGUAUUGGAGUGUCCUCAAUGCCAGGCCAGAAAGAAUGUCCUCAAAAUAAAGAAGGCUUACAUCCCAAUUGAGCCCCGUCACCCUCAUCUCCAGUCGCCUCAACCUCAGCUCCAGCCCCCUCAUCUCCAGCCCUGUCACCCUCAUCUCCAGUCGCCUCAACCUCAGCUCCCUCACCCUCAUCUCCAGCCGCCUCACCCUCAUCUCCAGCCCCCUCAGCUCCAGCUGCCUCACCUCAUCUCCAGCCGCCUCACCCUCAGCUCCAGCCGCCUCACCCUCAGCUCCAGCCGCCUCACCGUCACCCCAUCUCCAGCAGUGUGUGUCCCGUUGAAGGGCAUGAAAGUCGAUUCAGACACUUUGGAAACAGUGGUACAGAAAAUUUGGGCUGGGGAAAAGCCAGAGGUCUUGUGGAGCAAAGUAGGGCCUUACAAACUGUUUACACACAACCUCCGGGAACACCUUUGUCCAGAUGAACUUGUGGAAAGUGAGGUAAGCAAAGUUUUCAGCAUUUGGAAUUUGAAUUAAGAUGUGGGUUAAAAUUUGAUUCCAUUACAGAUCAUAAACGCGUACCUCACAAUUGCGCUGAGGCAUUUCGCAGAGGCAGGGGCUUUCUCCUGGACUCCUUUCCAAAUGACUGACAUUUGGAAAGGAAAAAACAAAGGAC